UAAAAUUGGAAAAAACCCUUAAAAGGCGAAAUUCUGUUCCGGCUUCUUCUUCAGCAAUAAGCAAGAGCGAAGGCCGAAGAAAGUGAUCGAUUUUACGCACAUUGACGGGAGAGAAGACAAAGGAGAUGGAUCCGAAGCUCACAGAGGUCUCACAGUUCUUCGAGCGCUUCAAAGCCGCGUUCGUCAGACACGACUUCGAUACCUGCAGCAGACUCCUCUCCCAACUCAAGGUCUUACUGACACAAUUCAGAAGCCUCCCACCUCUGUUUGAAGGCACGCCUAAUGCGAUCCAUGAACUAAGCUUAGCAAGGGAUAUAUAUGAGCAUGCUGUUAUUCUCAGUGUGAAGAUCGAGGAUCAAGAUGCAUUUGAAAGGGAUUUCUUUCAGUUGAAGCCUUAUUACACAGAUGUUGGCAACAUCCUACCACCAUCGCCUCAGGAGUAUCCAAUCUUAGGUCUCAACUUAUUGAGACUCCUUGUGCAAAAUAGAAUUGCUGAAUUCCACACUGAACUGGAACUUCUUUCAUCAACUGCUUUGGAGAAUCCUUGCAUCAAGCAUGCAGUGGAGUUGGAGCAAUCCUUCAUGGAAGGGGCUUACAACCGUGUGUUGAGUGCUCGGCAGAAGGUGCCACACGAGACUUAUGUCUACUUCAUGGAUCUUCUGGCAAAGACAGUCAGAGAUGAAAUAGCUGGAUGUAGUGAGAAGGCAUAUGAUUAUCUUUCAAUUAAUGAUGCACGGCAAAUGCUGCUGUUCUCUUCUGACCAAGAACUGUUGGAAUACAUCAAGGAGGAUCAUCCUGAGUGGGAGAUGAAGAAUAGUUCUGUAUUUUUCCAGAAGGCAAAAGAAUCUGCACCGUGCAAGGAAAUACCUUCUCUGCAAUUGAUCAACCAGACACUCAGUUAUGCGAGAGAGUUGGAACGUAUUGUGUAAAAGAGAUCCAAACUGGCAACGGUUGAUAGUCUGCUUUGGAUUCCAAUAUCCCGACAACUGAUGCUGAUUCUGUUAUUUGAAAAUUUCUCCUUCCCAAUUCAGUUCUAAGCUUUAAAAAUUGUUCUCUUUAGUAAGUGGGACAUAUUUUCUCCAUGUUUCUUGCCAUUGGCAUUCAUCAUUGCUUGCCCAGCUUUCGACACAUUUUCUUUUCCUCAAGGGAGACUAUUUUCUGAAUUUGCAAUUUUAGUGAAUAAGAUGCCGCGUAGGAGGUUAUGAAUUA